UAUCUUCCUUGUGAAGAACACGGACAGACACGAUAUUACUAUGAGAAUUAGAUAUCCAUUUAGAAAUUGUACAAUGAAAGACAAGUUCAUGGCAAUUACAGUGUGUGGUCUUAUUUUGAUAGUAUGGUUUGGAAACUUUUCACAUUCUGUUGGAGAAAUUGAAAGAAGAAGUGUAAAUAAUGAUUUAUUUAAUGAAAUUGAAAAUUUGAAACGCAGAGUUCAGGAGCUGGAACAUGGGUUUGAAGGGACAAGGUAUAUUUUUGAAUCAAGCCACACGUAAUCAAAAUUUUGUUUAUUGCAAUUUCAGCACAUUUUCUGUAAUUCUACUUUUAAUUAAUACUUGCUUGAAAUUAUUUGAUAUAUUUUUGAAAUUCAGAGUUUGAAACAGAUUUAUUUUAGGUAAUUGAUAAUAUAGGAUUUUAUGUUUAAUAUGUUUGAAAGAAAAUACUAUAGACAAUUAUAUUUCUACACAUUUUUUUUGCAUCGUCAGUUAAGAUUAUGGAUUGAAAAUGAUCUGAUGAAGAUCUUAUUGUCUCCCUUUUAUACCCCUUCCCACAUAUAUACAGAAUUUAGAUAUAAAGAAAAGAAAUCUGAUAAGCAAAAUUUAAAUUUUGUGUGGCCAUAUAUAUUAUUUACUAAUACAGUUUGUACAAUAUUUUUGUGUAAUAACAUAGUUUCCCACUCUACUUGUUAUAAAACUUAAUCCUACUUAUCAGUGUUUUAUUUCAUAUGUAAAAACAUAUGCAAGACUUUGUAUUUCAAAAGCAUUCAUAAUUUUUUCUUCGCUUCAAUGCAGUUGAAAAAGGUAGACUUUGGCGUGGUGUUUACGGCGGUGGGAUAGUUUUAUAAAAAAAAGAAAAAAAACGGGAAUGCUCUUCAUUUGGGAGGAACAAAAAAUAUUUCAGGUUUUUUUUCACACAAAUUAACAAGAAUAGUUCUUGGAAUCAAUUUACAAUGCUGAAUGAGUGUGUCACAUUUUAUAUUACAAGAGAUACUGAACUUAUUUGAAUGUUUGUUAAAUACUAUGAUUUAUUCCAUUAAAAUUCAGGCAUGCCAGUCAUGAUGGCAAGAACUAUUGCUGUAACUGUAUAAGCCACUGAAUUAUACUAUUGUAGUGAUAUAAAUAUUCUGUGAUCUCUUGAUUUAUUCUAAUGAACUAAUGUAUACUUUUCUAUAUAUAUGUGCUGGCACAAUCAGUUUUAGGUAUUACUGUAUUUAUUAGUAUGGUUGUGGUGGAUGAUGUUGAUUAUUUAUCUAUUUAAUUUUAACAACUUUCUUGAUAAUAUUCUCAUUCCUCUACUUUACAUAUUGAAGAUUAUCUUUGCUUUUCUUCACAUAUUCAUUUUCAGUUGCACCAAUUUUUGCAGAGGUUGCACUUAUAUGAUUUCUUCCAUUAGUAAGUUGCAUGAGACCAUUUUGUUAUCUAAUUGUCAAUAUGACUGCUUAUAGAGCCUUGCAAUCUUGUGUAGCUAUGUGGGAUACACACAAAUAGUAUGGAGGAAAUUCUAAAGCUUCAGUGGUUGUAAAGUGGUCACAUUUUAGUGGCAAUAUUUGAAAUAUCAACUAUUUUCUAAUGUGGAAAUGAAAUGAUAUGGAAAAGGUAGUUUUAUAUUCAGUACUAAACUUAAAAUUGCUACUCUGUGAAAAUCUACUCUCAUUUUAGAGAAUAUUUCAAAAUUCACUGAUAUGCAUUGGUUGCUAAAUAUUCUCAUACUUUACCAACAAAUGAAAUGUUUGUGCUAUAGAGACAGCCAUAGUUAUUUCCCAACUUGAAAAUAUGAAUAAGAACAAAAACUAGGUAAAUGUCUCUUAGAAAGUCAGUCAAAAAUUUAGUAAAACCAAGACCACCAUAUUCAUAUUGGCUUCAAAGUAAUUGCUGGUCCUGUACAGUAAUCUUUGAUGUCCAUAGAAAAUUAUUUAAACAUCUCUUUUAUUGACUGUAAAAGUGAGAAUAAUAGAAUGAACUGAGUUAAGCUGUAAGUUGUUUUUUAUUUUAGAUUUAUAUUGAUGACUAAAUGCGAAAUUUAUAGGUUGAAUUUUAAUAAGCAACAUUUAUAUGCAUGUGAAACAUAUUUUUCACAAGUAAAUCACUGUAGAAUGAUAUCAAAUUUAUUUACAAGAAGGAAAGUGACCUAAAAUAGAUUGGUUUAAAGUUUGUGAAACUUAUUUUCAACAACAACAAAAUUAUAUUUAUGUAGUAUGUGUAUAAAUAUAUUUUCCUGCUUUUUUAGACAGAAAGUGUAUCCUGAAGUUAAAUUCUUAAAUGUAAAAGACAGAAAAAGAAUACUGAUAACCGGUGGGGCUGGAUUUGUUGGUUCCCACCUGGUUGACAGACUAAUGAUAGAAGGACAUGAAGUGACUGUUGUUGAUAAUUUCUUCACUGGUCGGAAGAGAAAUGUGGAACAUUGGAUUGGCCAUGAAAAUUUUGAGUUACUGAAUCAUGAUGUAAUCAAUCCCUUAUUUAUAGAAGUUGAUCAGGUUUACCACUUAGCAUCACCAGCCUCUCCACCUAAUUACAUGUAUAAUCCAGUCAAAACUAUCAAGACAAAUACCAUUGGCACAAAUAAUAUGUUAGGACUUACAAAACGUGUGAGAGGUAGACUGUUGUUAGCCUCUACUUCUGAGGUCUAUGGAGAUCCAGAGAUCCAUCCACAGAAUGAAGAUUAUUGGGGACAUGUGAAUCCUAUAGGACCAAGAGCAUGUUAUGAUGAGGGUAAAAGAGUAGCAGAAACAAUGUGUUAUGCUUAUCAUAGACAGGAUGGUACAGAAAUCAGAGUAGCUAGAAUAUUUAAUACAUUUGGUCCCAGAAUGCAUCUGAAUGAUGGCCGAGUUGUCAGUAACUUUAUACUCCAGUCUUUACAAGAUCAACCUAUAACUAUAUAUGGUGAGGGCAAACAGACCAGGUCAUUUCAGUAUGUGUCAGAUUUAGUGGAUGGUUUAAUCAGAUUGAUGAAUAGUAACUAUUCCAUGCCAAUUAAUAUUGGUAAUCCAGAUGAGUACACCAUUGGAGACUUUGCAAAAAUUAUUAAAGGUUUAGUUGGUGGGAAUAGUAAAAUUGUUAAAAAACCUCCUAUGACUGAUGAUCCCAGGAAAAGAAAGCCAGAUAUUACAAGAGCUAAAAAUAUUCUUGGCUGGUCACCUAAAGUUCAAUUAGAAGUUGGAUUAAACAGGACAAUAGAAUAUUUUAAAAAUGAAUUAAGAAGAACAACAUUAGAUGGACGACAUUUUACAAAGUUACCAGGUGGUGCUUAGAUAUUGUAUGUAAGGUCAGAUGUGAGAUGUUUUCAUUCAUAUUGUUCAUUUUAUCAUCCAUAAAAAAAGUACAUUAUGCUAAUGAUUUUUCAUCCCUACUGCAGAAAUGAUUGCUAUAUUACAAUUACCCUGCCUGUCUGUUUGUCCUUCAUUUGCUGAUAAAAAAAAAUGGCAUCUGAAGAAAUAUUUUACUUUUCCAUAUUAUACUGACAAAUGGACUAAACAUUUAGAUACUGUCUAUAUUUAAUGUUUUUAAAACACCAAUGACCUGUAACUAACCUUUAUGGAAUUUCAGGAAGCUUUUACAGAAGUUUCUUCGUAGUCAAGAGAUACCAUCUAAAGUAUAGUUUUACUACUUUUUUUCCAUUUUCCCAUAUUUUACUAGCAAGUUUGUUUUGGGAGAACAAUUUCUACUAGAAGGUAUUUUUUGGCUAAAGACUUUAAAACUUCAUAAAUUUGUCAAAUGUUCGUGGAGUUUUCCAAAACUUGGACAGAAACCUCUUCAUAUUCAGUACCCUUUGCAAAAUUUUUUUCUUUUUUCUUUUUUCAUUUUCUGUAAUUUACUGAUAACUGGACUGAUUGGCAGUCACCAUUGCACUUUUACACUGACAGCAACAGUUUCUGGCAAGACACAGGGUUCCUUGGAAACAUUUUUAGAUUUAAAGACCCAUGGGUAAUGUUAAUGUGAAUAAACUAAAUGAAUAGUGUAAAUAAUGGGGUUCAGUUAUAAUGGUGUGUUCUUUUUAACUUUUGUGUUCAUUUUUGAAGCAAUUAAUAGUGAAUACCUUUAAUUAGGCAUCUGUAUCUGUAUCCAAUGAAAUUCUGCCAACAUAGGCACACCUCCGUAUUUGGAGUAAAACAAUAAAAAGGUUCCACCACCGCAAUAGGAUAUGAAUAUUCUUCCACCAAUAUAUUUACACUUUAAGCAUUAUGUACACAGUUCACAGUUUCAAUUAAGAUACUUAUUUAUCAUUGUUUAUGUAAGAGAUAAAAAAUGUCUGUAUAUUAUUUAAGUAGAAAUUUAAAAAUUCUAUUUAAGACUUAGUCUUGGCGAUCUGCAAACACUCAGUUAUGUCUGUUUGAGCCAAUUAUUUUUUUAUAGAAGUAAACAAGUUUUGUAAUUAUCGUGUAUUGAUAUUUGAUUAGCAUGUAAUUUGGGCAAUAUCCAAAAUUUAUUGUUAGCACUUUUUUCAUAAGACCCCCACUCAUUUUCAAUUUGAUUGGAAAUUUAAUGCAUUAGUGAAAAAUUGUUUCAAACCCCUUUUAACAAUAAAAUCUAGAAAAGCCCUUAAUACAUUUGGUAUAUCUAUGCACCUUUCCAUUGGAAUCAUAUAUAAUGAAAUUCUUUGAAGUAUAUACUGUAAAUCAGAAAAAAACCAAUGUAACUUCUGAUGUUUAAAUCAUGUGUGAAAUUUCAAAUGUUUAAAUCCAUUGUUUUAUUUUGGAGCUAUUUGUAUUGUAUUCAAAUAUUAGUGGCAUCUUAUCUAUUAUGAAGUUAAUUUAGUUUACUGGCGAUGUAUCAGUAGCAUAAGUAAAUGUUUGCCAACUUUAAAUCAUAGAAGUUGCCUCUAUUCUGAUGCAUCUGUACAAUGAUUGACAAACAUUCAAACUUUCAUAUCUUAAAUUGAUGUAAUGAUUAGUCUUUACUAUAUACACAUGAUAUACAGGUCAUUUUGACAUAUAUAUUACAUUAGGGAUUUGGUUAAGUUUUACUAUUGGGUUAAUGUCUCUGAUAAAUAUUAUAUAUAUAACACAUAGCUGAGAGGGUGAUAGACCUGAUUAUUACCCUGAGAAAACAUUGUCAACCGCGACGGAGCCAAGGUUGACAAUGUUUUUUCGAGGGGUAAUAAUCUGCUCUAUCACCCUCUCAGCUAUGUGUUAUUAAAUUUAUUAUACUGAAUGUCUUAUCAUUAUUGUCGUUUAAACUUAAAUUAAAAGUAAUGAUCUAUGAAGUCGUUUACAAAACAAUGUUACAGUUGAACCAAAUGUAAAUGCAAUACAUUGACUUUUGAAUUAUCGAUUUUUGAUUGGUCCGCACUAGAGGGCGACAUUCAAAAAAAUUAUCUCCCGCUGAGCCAUGGGAUAGAGUAAAUUGUCUCGUCGUAUGAACCAAUCAAAAUCUGGCAUUUUAACGUAAAGUAUAAUAAUGUGAUAUAUCAUUUAUUAUUCAUGACUUCUUUCCUCUAGUAUACAACACAUAUUUUGUACAUUUGAGUGACUAUAAUCGACAUAUUACCAUUGAGUAACUUUAGUUAAAUUCUGCACUUAGAUUUAUUUACCAGAUAAGUAAUAUUGUAUAUCAAUGAUCUUUCGCUGCACAAUCUCUUUUAUAUAUAAUAUAUAAUGCUGUUCCACUAAAUUCAGAUCACUAUGACCCAUAUAUUUACUCAUGAGUGACUUCGAUCAAGUUUUGUGUUUAAAUUUGUAGAUCAGAAUUCCAUAAUGAUACAUUAUUAAUUUUUGACCUGCACAAUCUUCAUGUAUGUAUUGUAAAACUGAUUUUUAUAACAUUAAAGUGACUUACUUUUUUUGUUA